AUGUCUCUUCCGCUCGGUACCUCGGUCGCCGAGGCCCAAGAGAAGGGCGACUUCAUGAUCAAGCCCGAAAACACCGGCCCAAAACUCAACACUGCCGACUGGCCUUUGCUCCUCAAGAACUACGACCAGCUUCUCGUCCGCAGCUCUCACUUCACCCCUAUCCCUCACGGUUGCUCUCCCCUCAAACGUGACUUGCAGAGCUACAUCAAGUCUGGUGUGAUCAACCUCGACAAGCCUUCCAACCCUUCCUCGCACGAAGUUGUUUCUUGGCUCCGACGCAUUCUCCGUGUCGAGAAGACCGGUCACAGUGGUACCCUUGACCCCAAGGUCACAGGAUGCUUGAUCGUCUGCAUUGACCGUGCUACCCGUCUUGUCAAGUCACAGCAGGGUGCUGGUAAGGAAUAUGUUGCCGUCCUUCGUCUUCACGAGAAGCUCGAGGACCCUAAGAAGCUCCCCCGCGCCAUCGAGACGCUGACUGGAUCCUUGUUCCAGCGUCCACCUUUGAUCUCGGCCGUCAAGCGUCAGCUUCGUGUUCGAACCAUCUACGAAUCCAAGCUCAUUGAAUUCGACAACGAUCGUCACCUUGCCGUCUUCUGGGUCAGCUGUGAGGCCGGAACCUACAUCCGAACGCUUUGUGUCCACUUGGGUUUGUUGCUGGGCGUUGGUGGUCACAUGCAGGAGCUUCGUCGUGUUCGUUCUGGUGCCUUGUCGGAAAACGACUCGGUUGUUACUAUGCACGAUGUGCUCGAUGCUCAGUGGCUCUACGACAACCAGCGUGACGAAUCCUACCUUCGUCGUGUCAUUCGCCCUCUCGAGUCGCUGCUCACGGGAUACAAGCGUAUCGUCGUCAAGGACUCGGCCGUCAACGCCGUCUGCUACGGUGCUAAGCUCAUGAUCCCCGGUCUCCUCCGAUACGAGAAGGAUAUCGAGACACACGAGGAAGUCGUCCUCAUGACCACAAAGGGUGAGGCUAUCGCUCUUGCCAUCGCACAAAUGUCCACCGUCGACCUCUCCACAUGUGACCACGGUGUUGUUGCCAAGGUCAAGCGUUGCAUCAUGGAGCGCGACACUUACCCACGACGAUGGGGUCUCGGUCCCAAGGCACAAGAGAAGAAGGCCAUGAUCAAGACCGGAAAGCUCGACAAGCACGGUAAGGCCAUCAACGGCGUUACACCAGACAAGUGGAAGAAGGAGUACGUUGAUUACUCUGGUGAUGCUGCUCCUGCUGCUGUUUCGGAUGUCGAGCAGGUCGCUGCCGCUGCUGUUGUCGCACCAGUGACACCAAAGAAGGAAGACAGCGAUAGCAAGAAGAGGAAGCUUGAGGAGACACCAGGUGCCGCGCCUGACGGCGAGACCGAAGAGGAGAGGAAGAAGCGCAAGAAGGAGAAGAAGGAAAAAAAGGCUGAAGCUGCUGCUGCCGGCAUUGAGACACCAAAGUCUGAGAAGAAGAAGAAGGACAAGAAGGACAAGAAGGACAAGUAA